AUUGUAGCCUACCUCUUUUAUACACCCAAGCAGCGCAGACCGGUCGGCACUUGGAAUAAACAUCGUCGCGAUAUCACUACCCCUCUGUCCAUCUUUAUUAUUAGCGCUUCGCUCCGCCCUCCUACCUGUAAAUCUCCCCGCUCUCCUCUGGAGCGGAUCUGACAGGCGCUCUCAGCUGGCCGCUCCGUGCCAGGGCUGCAGGGGAUCGAAUGGAGACGGUGACAUCCACCCGAGCGCUCGUCCUUUUUACGCAGAAUUGACAGCGAAAAACGCCCGCAAGAUUAUGUAGUCUUUACGCGAGGCAGCGAAACCAAGUGUAAUAUUAAGUGUGUGUCUUUGUGGUUUUGUUGCACAGUCGCUUUGAGAAAGUGAAAUCGAUCGAUCGAAUUCUCCGCCUGCUAAUCGACAGGAUCCCUGAAUGGAAGACGGCUAGAGGAGGUCGCCUCGCCGAGAACAGGCUGCUUACAUUUCUCACUGUCGCUGUUUACCACCACCAGAGGAACCACUGGCAGCCUCGACGGCUGCAGACGACGCCGUCUUCACCAUGGCUUUCGGUGUGGAAGAGCCAGAGAGCCCCUCAGACUGAGACGCGCUGAAGAUUCGUCAGUAUUGCGGAUUUAAAUGCCUCUCACCAAGGGCCACCGACCCGCUGUUUUAGUCCGGUUCGCGUGUGCGGUGCCUCACGCUGUCACGAAUAAACAAUUCAUAGGCUGCUAAAACACAGAAAAAGAGACUCCAUCGGGUGGGUGAACAUAAUCUACAGCGAAGAGGGGGAUUUUUUUUUUUCAAGCAAUAUGGCUGGUGAGUGGGGCUGGGGACGCUGGCACAGGCUCUCCAAGGCUCCUAAAUGCUAGCUGAGGCAGAUGGCACCGUUCCCCAUGGCAGCGACAGCUCUAUGAGGACAAGCAAUAUCAUUAAUAAUAUAAAUCCGGACUCUUCAAUCGUGAUAUCCAAGAUGGAAGACGUUGUCAUCCCGUUCUCGUCCGAGGUGCCCUGCGACAAUAAUGGACAGCGCAUGUGGUGGGCAUUCCUCGCCUCCUCCAUGGUGACGUUUUUUGGGGGUCUCUUCAUCAUCCUGUUGUGGAGGACCCUCAAAUAUCUGUGGACUGUUUGCUGCCACUGCAACAUCAAAUCCAAGGAGGCCCAGAAGGUGAUCAAUCCCGCAAACAAUCAGGCAGCAGACAGACCGAAGGGUGAUGAGAAGGAGGAGGCCCCAGUCAGCGAGGUGGGAUGGAUGACUUCCGUCAAAGACUGGGCUGGCGUUAUGAUCUCCGCUCAGACACUCACUGGCAGAGUUCUGGUGGUGUUGGUCUUUGCGCUCAGCAUCGGGGCCCUUGGGAUAUACUUUAUAGACUCCUCAGAUCCUAUAGAAUCCUGCCAGAACUUCUACAAAGAUUUCACGUUACAGAUCGAUAUGGCAUUCAACGUUUUCUUCCUCCUUUAUUUUGGCUUGCGGUUUAUAGCAGCCAAUGAUAAACUGUGGUUCUGGCUGGAGGUCAACUCAGUGGUCGACUUCUUUACUGUUCCUCCCGUGUUUGUUUCUGUCUACUUGAACAGAAGCUGGCUCGGCUUAAGAUUUCUGAGAGCACUAAGAUUGAUACAGUUUUCAGAAAUUCUGCAGUUUUUGAAUAUCUUGAAAACAAGCAACUCCAUUAAGCUGGUGAACCUAUGUUCCAUCUUCAUAAGCACAUGGCUCACAGCGGCUGGAUUCAUACAUCUGGUGGAAAACUCAGGGGAUCCUUGGGAAAACUUCCAGAACUCCCAGUCCCUUUCCUACUGGGAAUGUGUCUAUUUACUGAUGGUGACAAUGUCUACAGUGGGCUAUGGGGAUGUCUAUGCAAAAACCACCUUGGGGCGUCUGUUUAUGGUCUUCUUCAUCCUGGGUGGUUUGGCCAUGUUUGCCAGCUACGUCCCUGAAAUCAUAGAGUUAAUAGGAAACCGAAAGAAAUAUGGUGGUUCCUAUAGUGCGGUUAAUGGGAGAAAGCAUAUUGUGGUCUGUGGUCAUAUUACCCUCGAAAGUGUCUCCAACUUCCUCAAAGACUUCCUACACAAGGACAGGGAUGAUGUCAAUGUAGAAAUUGUUUUUCUCCAUAAUAUUUCCCCUAAUCUUGAGCUGGAAGCCUUGUUCAAACGACAUUUUACCCAAGUAGAGUUCUACCAGGGAUCUGUGCUUAACCCUCACGAUCUGGCCAGAGUAAAGAUCGAGUCAGCAGAUGCCUGCUUAAUCCUAGCCAAUAAAUACUGUGCAGAUCCUGAUGCUGAAGAUGCCUCCAACAUCAUGAGGGUCAUUUCGAUCAAGAACUAUCAUCCCAAGAUCAGAAUAAUCACGCAGAUGCUGCAGUAUCACAAUAAGGCCCAUCUGCUGAACAUUCCAAGCUGGAACUGGAAGGAGGGUGACGAUGCUAUCUGCCUGGCGGAGCUGAAGGCAGGCUUCAUUGCCCAGAGCUGUCUGGCCCAGGGCCUGUCCACCAUGCUAGCCAACCUCUUCUCUAUGAGGUCCUUCAUUGAGAUUGAGGAAGACACAUGGCAGAAGUAUUACCUAGAAGGGGUGGCUAAUGAGAUGUACACAGAGUAUUUGUCCAGUGCCUUUGUCGGCCUCUCCUUCCCCACUGUCUGCGAGCUGUGUUACGUGAAGCUGAAGCUGUUGCUCAUUGCCAUCGAAUACAAGUCUGAGCAGAGAGAGAGCAGAAGCCGAAAGCGCAUCCUCAUCAACCCGGGCAACCAUGUCAAGAUGCAGGAGGGAACACUGGGGUUCUUUAUCGCCAGUGACGCCAAAGAAGUAAAGAGAGCAUUUUUCUACUGCAAAGCUUGUCAUGAUGACAUCACAGACCCUAAGCGGAUCAAGAAGUGUGGCUGCAAACGACCCAAAUAUAAGUAUAAUGGAUAUGUCAGAUCACCAGCAGAUGGCGCUACAACACCAGGGAACAGUGGGAGUCAGAAAGAGGCUGGCGUUCGAUUCAAAGCUGAUUGCAAUUUAGUCGAAGACGAGCAUCCGUCAACUCUCUCGCCCAAAAAAAAGCAGCGCAACGGAGGGAUGCGAAACUCACCCAACUGCUCGCCCAAAAUGAUGAGUCGACACGACCCCCUUCUAAUUCCUGGAAAUGAACAAAUCGAGAGCAUGGACAUGAACGUGAAGAGGUAUGACUCGACAGGGAUGUUUCACUGGUGCCCAUCAAAGGACAUCGAGAAAGUCAUCCUGACCCGGAGUGAAGCCUCCAUGACAGUACUGAGCGGCCAUGUGGUGGUCUGUAUAUUUGGGGAUGUCACGUCCGCUUUAGUGGGGCUGCGAAACUUGGUGAUGCCUUUAAGAGCCAGCAACUUCCAUUACCACGAGCUAAAGCCUAUAGUGUUUGUGGGCUCGCUGGACUACCUGCGAAGAGAGUGGGAGACUCUACAUAACUUCCCCAAGGUCUCCAUCUUACCGGGUACGCCAUUAAGUCGGGCAGAUUUAAGGGCUGUCAACAUCAACCUCUGCGACAUGUGCGUAAUACUGUCAGCCAAUCAGAACAAUAUCGAAGAUGCCUCGCUACAGGAUAAGGAAUGCAUCUUGGCAUCACUCAACAUCAAAUCUAUGCAGUUUGAUGACAGCAUCGGGGUCUUACAGGCUAAUUCCCAAGGUUUCACGCCUCCUGGAAUGGACAGGUCAUCUCCAGACAGCAGUCCAGUACAUGGCUUUGUGCGUCAGGCUUCUGUCACCACCGGAUCCAACAUCCCCAUCAUCACAGAACUCGCUAAACCUGGCAAACUACUGCCAUUGGUUUCACUCAGUCAGGAAAAAAAAAGUGGAACCAACAUACAAAUGAUAACAGAGCUGGUGAACGACUCAAACGUUCAGUUCCUGGACCAAGAUGAUGAUGACGACCCAGACACAGAGCUGUACCUCACUCAGCCAUUCGCCUGCGGCACCGCCUUCGCUGUCAGUGUACUCGACUCCCUGAUGAGUGCGACAUACUUCAAUGAUAACAUCCUCACGCUGAUUCGGACGCUGGUCACAGGGGGAGCCACACCAGAGCUGGAGGCCCUGCUGGCUGAAGAGAACGCCCUCAGAGGAGGCUACAGCACACCGCAGACACUGGCCAACAGAGACAGGUGUCGUGUCGCCCAGCUCGCCCUCUACGAUGGGCCAUUUGCCGACUUGGGGGAUGGCGGCUGCUACGGGGAUUUAUUCUGUAAAGCAUUGAAGACGUACAACAUGCUGUGUUUUGGAAUCUACAGAUUAAGAGACGCUCACCUCAAUGCACCAAGCCCCUGUACAAAACGGUAUGUGAUCACGAACCCACCGUACGAGUUUGAGCUCGUGCCCACAGACCUGAUCUUCUGCCUCAUGCAGUUCGACCACAACGCAGGCCAGUCCCGGACAAGCUUGUCCCACUCUUCCCACUCCUCCCAUUCCUCCAGCAAAAAGAGCUCCUCCGUCCACUCCAUCCCGCCCUCCAACCGGCAGAACCGCAGCAGUAAGACCCGGGAGGCCCGCGACAAACAGAAUGCAACAAGGAUGAAUAGAAUGGGCCAAGAAAAGAAAUGGUUUACAGAUGAACCAGAAAAUGCCUACCCACGGAACAUUCAGAUCAAGCCCAUGAGCACUCACAUGGCCAACCAAGUCAACCAAUACAAAUCCACUAGUAGUCUGAUUCCACCAAUCAGAGAAGUUGAAGAUGAAUGCUGAACACAGGGUUUUCUUGCUGACUCACCAGACAUCUGUACGCUCUUUCAAAAGAGAUGGGAGAUCACCCAUGGAGGAUUGAUGAUGAUGAUGAUGGUGAUGAUGAUGAUGCUGAUGACGACAGGGAUGUUGAAGACUGACACAUUUCUCUUCACUCAUUCUUCUAAUCAAGGGUUGGACAGAAACCCGAACUGGAAGGGACCUCCUAUGUGUAUACCUUUAAUGUUACUUCCAUGCUCUUGGACAUUGUUUUAUUUAUUAAUGUAUCCAUAGUGAUGUACAUAAUGACAAUCAAAUAAGGAUUGUACAGCCCCUUCCCCCUAGCACUUUUUGGAAUUAUUUUAAGAGUCGACAAAAAAAGAGGAAAAAAAAAAGAGUACUUCCUGUAAUUCUUUGCAAUAGUUCACCUCUUCGUGUGACCAGACUCCAUGCUAAGGUGACUGGUUAUUGGAGGAUGAGGGUUGCAGCGAUAAACUGAUCAUAUCAUCUCCCAAAGAUCCGCCCAGAUGCGUCACGUCAAACCAGCUGGGUCCAUCAACUUCAUAUCUCCUGUCUGCUUCUGUUCUAUUUGCACUAAAACUGAACAAGUUUCUUUUGACAGAACAACUGGAACCAUCCGAUUCCCCCCAAUAAAUGUCGCUGAGGAGAGGAAGGAAGGAAGGAAAGAAGGAAGGAAGGAAGGAAGGAAGGAAGGAAGGAAGAGGGAGGGAGGGAAGCUUGGCUUUGGAGGCAUACUAAUCUUGCUCUUAGGUCGUUAUACAUCAUGUCAUUGCUUAAGGUUUGCUAGUUCACCGUUGACUCGUCAUGUUGAGUGAGAGCAUUCCAGUCCUGCAGAACAUAAUCAUCUUGCAAAGCAGUAGUCUAAAAAACUCAGAGAAUGGUGCAGUGUUGGUGAACGCUGGCUGAAAGAGAACCCUGUACCUACAUGUCUUCUGCUGAUACGUCAGAUCAUAAAGCCUGUGACUCUGUUCAAAGCUCCUAUCGCAUGAUAUGUGCCUGAGCCCCCUCUAUAACAGAAACAGUGCGGUUGAUCAACCUGAAUACAUGAGAAGGAUGAAAAACAACCUACCCUGUCCUUCAUGCAUUCAGGAGCAUUUACUUUAUGUGCACGCUGUGUGUGUGUGCGCGCGCUGUGUGUGUGUGUGUAUGUGUGUGCGCAUCGCAGCCAUUCGUCCUGAUCAGUGCUGUCAUCUCCUCCAUCGCUGUGUAUGUGAUGGUGCACCUUUGAAGGAGCAGCAUGUGGGAUCUUUGCUCUAAAAAUGAAAGUCAUGGUAGAGAAACAAAACAAUAGAAGAGGGUUUGGAUCUACUAACAAAAUUAUGGUGUUGCAUCAAAAAUCAAACCAAAAUCCCCAACUAUUGUUGAGCAGAGCGAACCGGAACAGCAGCUGCGUGCCCACCGUUGACGCUUUGCCGUGAAACCAACGGCAGAAUUUGGGAUCACAAAGAAGAGUGGUGUAUUUUCUGAAUGUUUUGUCUGUUACAAAAAACUUCACGUCUGUAUAUGGAAAGAAAUGCCACAUAUUGCAUAAAAGUGGGCAUCAACGGGUCCUCCUUUGAUCAAAGCAACUGCCUGGCACAGGGUUGGCACAGAGGCGGUAAAGAGCUUGGAUGUUCUCUGUUGCCAAUCCAGAUGUCACACGCCUCAAAACUCUCAGGAGUUAAGCUGCUAUGUUCGGUCCUCUAACAUGGGGAGAUGCUCAAACAUAGUUGGGUUGAAAUGCAACAAUGCCACAGACUGCUAACAAGGAUACUGGAGAGGAACCAGCGUUCUUUAUGCUAGCCUGUGUGCAACAGCGGAGUGUAUAUCGCACUAGUUUAGGCACUGAUAGAUCCAAAUCGAGCUGUGAUAGUGAUGGAGGAUUGAGGUGGUAGCCUUGUACUCCUGAUACGUAAACUUCAUGCAAAUAUGUAGUUGGAUUUAUACAUUUAAACACACUUAUUUUGUAUCCAUGAACAUAAUCAAUUUGUACUUAUUUUUCUAGACAAGAACCAAGUGAACAGUACUAAGGGAGAUAAAAAAAAGACUUAAAUUAUAUCUUUAAUUACAACUACAUAUCAAAGGAUUUUGUUUUUGACUGUAUCAUCAUUUAUUUCACAUCAUACUAAAACAAAAGAUUAUUUUUUUACCUCCCCGCUUGCCCCCUGUUUAACAAACUGCAUCACUCUGGAGCCAGUAAAGCUUAGACUAGCUUGCAUUGUGAAACCACCAUCUUCAGCCUGGCAGCUCAGCUCUGUUGAGUGCUUGUAGAAAUAGAUUAAGGCUCAUCUGGAGCUUCUUUCAGUUGCACAGAUGAGCCGCAUCUACUAAAUAAUGCGCCUACUACUAAGCAUCCCUAGCUGUGAACAUACAGACAGAACGAUAGGUGAAAAGGAAUUAUGUAUUGGGGGGGUAAAUGUUGUAUUUAGACGGAGAGCAGAUCAGAGUGGUAAUAAUAAUGAGAAGAUCAUAGAGUUGCUCCCUCUGUGUGCAGGCCAGAACCGAAUGACCUUCAUUAGAUGUGUUUGACCUAAAUUAGGUCCCUAGUGCGGAGGAAGAGUGUGUACACUAAAGCACAGUGUGCUGGUGUUUUCCACAAAAUAUGAUUUUUAAUAGGACAGGGAGAUGCUGUCUGAUUAUUGCAGUGAUUCUCCUCCAUAGGCUGUAAAGGAAAAGUAAUUCUAAAAAAAUAAAAUAAAAAAGAAUAUUUGGAAUAUGGAAAAGAACAUAAUAUUGUGCUAAAUAUGUUUGUGUAAAUUCAACCCAUUAUAUAAACCACAUUUCUUUUUCAAACAAAAUGAUCUGAGCUUCAAUGUACGUCUAUUGGGUGUGGUGCAACUAUACUGAAGCCUCAUACACAUUGUCCUGAAGUGAACUUUUGAACUGUGAUUACAUCGUCGUCACACUUUGUAGCAAAUAGAUUUCUUUUCAGAAAAUAUGUGAGUAAAAUGUAUGUAUAAUUGGGUUGUUAAUGGCAUACUUGCUAGCCUGAACAAUAAGGAUCUAUUAAUAUUUGAUAAUGGCAAUGACGCAUUAUACAUAGAAUCGACAAACUGAUUGUUAUGUUGAAAAAAAUAACACACACACACACAUGUGUAUCUUGAAAAUGAGAGACUCUGGAUUUUCUGUGGGAGAAUAUUCAAGUAGGAAAAGUCAUGCGGAAUUUGAUCUGGUUUAUCAGCCAUCACAAAGAUGGAAGGUAGCACCAAUUCAGCAGAGGUUAUCAAAAGAGAGAACAUCCUUAAUUUUCCUGUUUUUAUUACUUUGCGUUAUUACAGGGUUUACAUUCCAUUUUGUCAGCUUGUCAUCUGCCACAAUCUGUCACAACUGCUUCAUAUUUGUUUACAGAGUAUUUUAUGAGGUACUUAAACAUAGCGUUGUUCAAAAAUGAAACGGUACAUGCUGCAAACUGGCAUCAACAUGAACUCACAAAGUAAUGCACCAUUUGUUUUCAUCACACUUGAUUAUUGUGCUUUUUCUACCUGAACCCUCAUUGUGCAACUCAUUCAGGCUGGCAUUAUUCACAACACUGGACUGAGAUGUCUCUCCUUCCUACACCUUGUCAUAUGUCUCUAUUAGAUGUUUUAGGUCUUUGCAUUGUAUACCUCUAAAGUUUUUAGAGUGUUUUUUGAAGUGCCAUGAAGAGUUUAGUUGAGCAAGCAUCCUUCAGUCAUUCAGGGACACAAGCUCGAUUUGAGGGAGCUGAGUCCAAGUGUUUUCCACUGUGAGAACGGUGUCUUGUACUGGGAUGGAGAACAUCCAAGCCAUCAUUGCCUCCAUACCAGUAUAGUGCCAGGCAGUGCAAGAGGUCAAGAGGAGGGCCCAUGUUAAGUCCCACUAUAGCGAAAAGUGGCAUUCAGGAGGCCUGAGUGGCAGCCGGGGCAGAUAGAUAGGAGCCCCCGUCAUUAAACCACACAUAACGUCUCCGCUAUGUGUUUGGUUACAGGCUAUCAGGUUGUGUCAUGCAGUGCAGUUACAUGUGGAUGACUGAAAGAUGCACAUAGAGGCACAUGCCUGUAACAUCAGAUGUGUUGUUGUCCACUGAACAAAUCAAAGACUACGAUGCGUCAAUAUGUUACUGUUACAGUAUGUUGCAUUAUUUUUGUUAAUCUAUUUUUUGCUGUAAAGGAUGGAUAUAAUAACUUAUUUGCUGGGAAUUGUAGUAGAUAUAAUAGAUCAUAUAAUACUUAUGGGAAUGGGAGGUGGGUCUCAAGUCUUAACAAUACAUUAAAAUUGCAUUCAGCAAUUUUUUUUUUUUUUUAAAAGAAGAGUUGCAAUUUUUGUUAAUUUCUUUUGGCUGCCUAUCAGUUCAGGAAGAAUUCAGGACAUUGCUCUUGCGUAUCACAGAUAGGAUUUGUUGGCACAUCGUCAUUGCAGCAAACAGGAGUUUGACAUAGCAGUCUAAUUAGUUUGGAUGUGUUCUAGAUAUGAUGGAUAAAUGGAUUAUUUGAUGGUGCUGAGUUGAUCUACCUGACUCUGUCAAAUAUAAUCUGCUGAUAAAUAUACUGUCUUGUACAAAAAGUUUGUACAUAGAUUGUACAUGGUUUCUUUUUGUAUUUUCUCAAAUUAA